AGAGUAAAAGAUAGAGAGAAAGAGGAUUUAAGGGUUAAGAAGAGUGAGUCGAGUCGCCUCCCAAAAAAACUCUUGGUUUCUCCUUCAAAUCUCUCUCUCUCUCUCUUUCAAAAAUCAAAACCUUUCGUCUCCAAAAAUCUUCAGAAAAAUGAGCAACGACAAGGACAACUUCAGCGUCGCCAAUCUUACUGCUGCUCUUCAAGAAGAGGAUAGAGCUGGCCUUGUGAACGCUCUUAAGAACAAGCUGCAGAAUCUGGCUGGUCAGCGUUCUGAUGUGCUCGAGAAUCUGACUCCUAUUGUGAGAAAGCGUGUCGAUUCCUUGAGGGAUAUACAGAGCCAACAUGACGAACUAGAGGCAAAGUUCCGUGAGGAGAGAGCUAUUCUUGAAGCAAAAUAUCAAACGUUGUAUCAGCCUUUGUAUAUCAAGCGUUAUGAGAUUGUGAAUGGAACUACUGAUGUUGACCAAGGAGAAGAAAAAACUGCAGAAGAGAAAGGAAUUCCAAAUUUCUGGUUGACAGCCCUGAAAAAUAAUGAUGUUACUUCUGAGGAGGUCACAGAGCGUGAUGAAGGGGCUCUCAAAUAUCUUAAAGAUAUUAAAUGGUGCAAGAUUGAAGAACCUAAAGGAUUCAAACUUGAGUUUCUCUUUGACUCCAAUCCGUAUUUUAAAAACACUGUUUUGACAAAGGCUUAUCAUAUGAUUGAUGAAGAUGAGCCGCUACUUGAAAAGGCUAUGGGGACAGAAAUUGAUUGGUAUCCUGGAAAGUGCCUAACUCAGAAGAUUCUUAAGAAGAAGCCUAAGAAAGGUUCUAAGAAUGCCAAACCAAUCACCAAAACUGAAGAUUGCGCAAGCUUCUUCAACUUCUUUAGUCCUCCACAAGUCCCAGAUGAAGAUGAAGAUAUCGACGAGGAGAGAGCUGAGGACCUUCAAAAUCUGAUGGAACAAGAUUACGACAUCGGAUCUACAAUCCGGGACAAAAUUAUCCCUCAUGCUGUCUCAUGGUUUACUGGUGAGGCUAUGGAAGCAGAUGAGUUUGAAUUAGAUGAUGACGAAGAAGAUGACAUUGAUGAGGAUGAAGAAGAGGAUGAGGAUGAUGAAGAGGAGGAUGAGGAUGAAGAUGAGGACGACGAUGAUGAUGAUGAUGAGGAAGAAAGCAAGACCAAAAAGAAGCCAUCAAUCGGAAACAAGAAGGGAGGGAGAUCUCAGAUAGUUGGUGAGGGUCAACAAGGUGAGAGGCCACCCGAAUGCAAGCAACAGUGAUCUCUACACUCUUACCAACCAAAAACAAGAAAAAAAGAACGCGUGACAAAAUUGGAGGAUUGAGAAAAAGUUUUGGUGUUUAAAUUGUAAUUCAUCUCCUUGUUGAUGUCAUAGGAGUUUUGAUCAAUAUUCUAUUGGUGUUUAUUUUCUUUGAAUCACUUUUAAUAGUAUACCUUUUAUUUAUGAAGAAUGAAUCAUCAUCCCCUUCUUUAGUCUC